UCUUUAUGGUUUUUGGUUCAUUUUGUAUGGAUAAGUUGCGGCAAGCAUCUUGGUCGUUUGAUCCUGGCACUUGGUCAAACAGUUUUUUGUUACAAGCCCUGCUUAUAUUGAUUUCAUGGCAGGCAAAAUCCCUUAUUUCAAAGCUGACUGAGGAAAAGAACAAUGCCAUUCAGCAGAACAACAAGCUUCGUCAGGAAUUAGUAAGUUGAUUAUUCCAUUCCUCUUUUUGAUGGUCUUUAUUUGUCAUUGCACAUAAGGGGGGAUUAGGGUUUCAAGUAUCGUGAUGCAUGAUGUUCACAUUUCUAUCUCGGUGAGAUGCCUCGAGAGUUGUCACUUCUCCCUAUGCAAUUGUCAAGUGCCAUAACAUUAAGGAUCUAACCAGUAGAUAAGGGGGAAGUCACAAAAUGAUAAAUACCUUCUGGUUUCUUCUCUCUGGAUUUAAGGCACACCCCUGUUAGGUCAGAUAUGGUAGUAGUGUGGACCACAGAAUUAACUAAUGCCCUGUGUCUUGCCGGGUAGCUGCUCACAGUAUGGUUGUGAAUGUUUAAAUGCCAUCACAAGGGAGGUUUUCAUGAUUGAUUAUUUUUCGCUAAGAUUUAAGCCAGAGGGCAGGGUCACUCGAAGGCCAUGAGAUAUAUAUCAUUCAGUUGUUUAGAAAUGUCAAAGUAAAUCGGUUUUAGUGGAUGAAUUGUGUUGUGGCUUCAUUGCUUAGAAAAUGUUGCCUGAGGUCUCAAAGGAAUCAAGAUUUACGUCUCUACCGAAUUCUUGGAAGAAUUCGUCUUAUGCCGAAAGGGGAUUUUCUGAUUGCAGGAAAUGAUGAGGCGUGAGGGAAGCAAAAGCCGCGGUGGAGUGUCAUUUAUGUUCGUCGUCAUUGUGGCAUUACUGGGGAUGUUGUUGGGAUACCUGUUGAAGAAGACGUAAACCCGCAGCAGAAAGCUCAUCCAUCCUUCCCUGAACAUAAAAUCAUUCUGUCAUGUCUUCAACAUCAUCAUUCCCCUCUCAUACCGCAUUCAAAGAAUGAAGGGGGUAACCGAAAAAAAAGAGAAAGACUCCAAUGAACAGAGUUCUUAAGGUUCCAUUUGUUAGUUAAACUGGAUCUGUUAUUAGCCAAAAGAAUCUUGUGUUUUUUCUUAGGUCAGGCUAUUUGGUGUUUGCCGUUCUUCAGAUUGACAUGCAUUUGUUUUUUGUAACUUAAAAAGUCUUCUUUUCUCUUUUCAGUUCUAAUCCUUUUUUUCUUUCUGGAGAUUCUAUAUUAGACACACUACUGUGGUAAUGUUGAUACUAAAAAGCUUCGAAUAAUCUUUACACAUUCGUCCAUAAGUCUGGUGAUAUUCUCCAAAUUUGUUGCUUACCUACGUUAAGUAGUUGUUCAGUGUUGUAUUCGUUAGAACAUCGGAUAAAAUUGGAAUAAACACGGAUAUGAUGCAGUUUGUUACGGUUUACAUUAUCGAUCGAUGUUACUACAAUUUUGGUAUAUAAUAAUUUUCCGGAUUGGAAGCUUCUUAGUUCUUACCAGUUUCCCACCGCUUCUCUGGAACACUCUUUUUUGCAUUCGGUGCACCGUUCUUAAAUGUCAAACCCCUCAACAACAGAAACUUCCUUUCCACCAUAACACAAAAUCCAUAGAUGGCAUCCCUCAUAGCUCUUAGAAAAGCGACCGCUGCCCCUGCCGGAUUCUUCCGGAGGCUCACUGCAGGCCGCUCAUCUGCUUGUUCCCGCUCCUUCAACACUGGAACACCUGGGUACGCCGGAGAUGAAAACGACACCGUUCAGGUUGACAACGCCCCCAGCCGCCGCAACGACGACGACUCCAACCGCCAGGGCCUCUCUUCCUCCUCGGACCGUGGACUUGAUCCCCGGCGAGACUCUGCUCCAGCUGGCUUCUUCCUCAGAGAUAUGGUGGAUCCGUUUUCACCAACAAGGACAAUUACCCAGAUGCUGGACCUAUUGAACCACUUGACGGACCCUUUCUUCGCCACGGCGGCAACCCCCGGCGGUGGAAGGCAGGUGAGGGAGGAUGAGAAGAACAUCUACCUAACCAUGGAGAUGCCUGGGUUGGGAAAGGAGGAUGUGAAGGUGUACGUGGAGAGCGACGACACGCUGGUGAUCAGAGGAGAAGUCGAAGAAUCAUCGUCGACGGAGGUGGAAGGGCGGAAUUACGAGGGGAGAAAGUAUUACACGAAGCUGAAUGUUCCGGCGAGUGGGUAUAGAGUUGAUGAGAUAACGGGGGAGAUGAAGAACGGAGUGCUGAAGGUGGUCAUUCCCAAGGUGACCGGCGACGAGAAGAACAGGAAUGAUGUGAAAGAGGUGAAGGUUGAGUAGUGGAGAUGGGCUUGGUGAAAGAAUAAAGAAAAGCCCAAGUUUGUAAAAUUAGAAAAGUCAAUAUGGGCCGUUUGGGUCAGGCUUGGAUAUGGGUUAUUGUAGGCCCACAUCCAAGUUGCAGUUAGUAAUGAUAUUUGUAUUGUAUGUUACGAUUUGGGUCAUAAAUGAAAGGAGAGAUAUAAUAGGGGCAGUUAUCAUAAAUGGUCACAAUUUCACUUCCUCGUUUGAGUAUAUUCUUUCCUUGACUGAAAGGAGAGGAACGACACGCUUUCGCUUGGGAGUUUUUGUAAUAAAUAACGUAUAAUGGG